CGCUCAGUAACGCUAUGGUAGAGCCGGUCGUCACGUUACUGCACGACCAACAGAUAUUCCGAAUAACAAAUAAAUUACGAGCCAUAUUAUUUACAUCGAAAUACGAAUUCUGUGAUAUAGUUUUAAGUGUUUUUAGAAAGUGAAGGCGCUUCUAAAGUGACAACUUGGAUUUUAUUAACAGAAAUCACUAAGAUGUCGCACCUAAUAGUCUUCACCAUCUUUACCAUUUUGGGGGCAGUGCAAUCAGUAUCAGUUUUAGGACCGCGAGUACUUCGGCCACAUAGUUUGUACAGAGUAUCGAUAGCUGGAGGGUCGAAGGCACACAACCUGUAUGUAGCUGUUGAAGGGAAAAAAGCCACUGGAGAACAGUUUAACCAGGGUAGAGAAGUUCAGGUUCCAGCAGCUAGCUCCAAGCUAAUUAAUAUUGAGAUAAGUGACCCCGGUCCGGGAUCAUACAAGCUGGUAGCGAGGUCGACCUCAGGUUCGCAGUUUUCUGCGUCGGCCGCCUUGGUGUAUCAACCCAGGAGUUUUUGCAUAUUUGUACAGACAGACAAACGGGUGUACCAACCGGGUGACACGAUCAACUUCAGAAUAAUUGCGCUGACCAAGUACCUCCUGCCACUACCAAACACGAUAGAUGUUAACUUAUUGGAUACAGGCGGUUCUCCUGUGAGGCAAUGGGCUGGAGAGACCCUUGAUCGAGGUGUUUUUAGUACUGAGUUUACAUUAGCUGACGAACCUGCACUAGGACAUUGGACUAUCCAGGUGGAAGUCCAGGGCCAAAUAUAUUCAAAGACGGUCAUGGUCGCAGACUACGUACAACCCAAAUUUGAAAUGGAGAUGGUAAUGCCUAAGGAGAUACAGUUUAGUGAAAGAAAGUUUAAUAUCAACAUAACCGCCAGACAUUUCAACGGUCUGCCAGUGGUCGGUGAAUUAACAAUAUCUGCAUAUGCGGUAUUCUUUUCAAAUCUGCUUCAACCGGUGUUUUCAACACCUACACGUAAAGUAAUUGAUUUCAAAGGAACCAUAAAUGUCCCAUUGAACUUGAAAACUGAUCUCGACUUAGCUGAAGACGCUGCCCGACCUUUAGUUGUCGAAGCUGUUUUGGAAGAAAAGGACACUUUGAUACGACAAAAUGUAUCGUCGAGGAUACUACUGCUCAGAACGCCUUACAGGCUUAAGGUCACAGCGCCCGAUUAUUUUAAGCCAAGGUUACCUUAUAGAGUACAAAUUGAAGUAGUUAAUUCAACGGGUCACAUUAUGGACAUAUCUGACGAUGUCACAGUGGAGAGGCUGUGGGAUGACGGAGCGCCAGUGAACGUCACAACUCUCACAUUGAGCGACGGAGUUGCAGAAUACUCUAUGACACCUGAUGUCGCCCACACUAACUCCACUCUUAAUUUAGUUGUGAAAUACAAAGAGGUAUCUGAACGCGUAGUAAAUGUACAAAAAAGUAUAUCUCCUGGAGGGCAGUACAUAACAUUGGAACUAUUGACCCGCGACACAGCCGUCGGUGAUGUCAUCCAUGCGAGUAUUGUUGCUACUGAGCCAAUGGACAUUGUACAUUAUGCUGUUAUUGGUCGAGGGGACAUAUUGGUCGCGAAAACAUUAGAAUUAACACCAGCAGUCCGCAGCACCGAUAUAUCUGUGCCAGUGACGUUUGCUAUGUCACCUGGAUGUAUUCUGAUCGCCUGGUACCCUCGGGUAGACCCCACCGACAAACUGCUUGUCGCUGCUGUCUACGUACCCAACGAUAAACUAUUACAGCAUGAGGUGUCAGUAACACCAGUGUCUUCAGGAUCAGUAUUUCGUCCAAAUGGAUUAGUAGAGUUCCGAGUGUCAGGAGAAGCUGGCUCUCAGGCCGGUUUGUUGGGAACUGACGUUGAUUCGAUAUCCAACGGCUUGACCUCGUCUGAUGGUCUUGGAAACGGACUCGACUUGAACACGAUUCGACGAGAAGUUGAAAGCUUCAGCGGUUUGAAACAUUCAGUAUUUAAAAAUGAGGACCACAUUGCGGGAAUGGGGGUCGACUUAGGAGGGAUGACGGCCACAGAUGUUUUUAAAAAUGCAGGUGUUGUUAUAUUAACUGACGGCUUAGAAGCAGCACAAACGGUACCAGAUGCAUCAUCAGAAGUAAUGGAGACAGGUACACGUGCUCCUCAAGCUGGCCCGUAUGCUUUCAGUCGUCUCCCACCACCAGUGUCACCACGGUUCUACCUCACUACGGCCUCGCACCAGACCUGGAUGUUCAACAACUUGACUAUUGGGAGUGACGGUAAAGGCACUAGGGAAGGUUGGUCUCCUUUAAGUCCUGGAAGCUGGUCUGUGGGAGCGUUUGCAGUACAUCCCACUCUUGGACUCGGAAUCGCGUCACCUCAGAGGUUCACCACGAAUGUGCCACUUACAAUAACUGCAGAGCUCCCGGAAACAUUACAAAAGGGUGAAACUCUAGCGGCCGUCAUAACGCUAAGGAGUUCUCUGACCGUCGAUACAGCCCUCGAUGUAACAUUCCACAAUUCGGACCAAUAUUUUGAAUUUGAACCGUUACAAAACACCGUGGACUCCCCUAAAAAAAUAGAGCUGUUCCGUCGCGUGCGCGUCGCGGUGCCCGCUCGAGGGUCAGCCAGCACGGCGUUCCUGGUGAGCAUGGCACGUGUUGGAGAAGCUCCUGUCAUCGUGGAGGCGACGGGAACCGGCGUGUCGUCUUCUCUAUUCCGCACUAUCGACGUACAGGAUGGAUUCGAAGAAGAAGUCUGGUCAUGGGCCCUUCUGGACGCUCGGCGUGGAAUAGCCCGCGCUAACGUGACCCUAUCCCCAGCGGCAGGUACCAGGGUUGCUGCGGUGUCGCUCGAGGCUGCGGGAGACCUGCUGGCCAACUCCUUCCGGGCUAUGAAGGCGCCACCUACCGUCGCUGCAGACGCCUCGUAUGCCUUACGCCCGCUCGCCAGGGCUUGUAUUCUGUUGGACUACCUUCAGGUGACGGAACAGGAGGAUGAAAUAACAAUAAGGAAGGAGGCCCAAGCACAAGCGUCCUUCGGCUAUCAACGUCUCAUGGCUUAUCGGAGGAGCGACGGUUCCUUCUCACAAGAAACAGGAGAGGAUGCUGAAUCUGAUGUCUGGAUGACAGCAGUGGCAGCACGGUGGCUAUCUCGAUCGGGUCGCUAUGUGUCUGUCUCUCCUGAUGCCGCGACCUCGGCUGCGCGCUGGCUGUCUCGCGCCCAGUCCGCAGACGGUAGCUGGUCCGAGCCGACCAGCAAACUAAAUGCUCCGGCAGCGCAGGCGACUCUCUCACUCACUGCGCAAGCACUGCAAGCUCUAUUGGACACCAAGGGCGGUGAUGUUCUAUACAAGAACACGAUAAACAAAGCGGUGAACUACAUAGCCCAGCACCUGAGUGCAGACCUCGAUGCCUACACCCUCGCUGUGGUCAGCUACGCCCUCACUGCUGCGCGACACCCACAGGCCAGCGAGGCCUUACAGCACCUAGAGAAGAGGGCCAAUACCACUGAAACAACCCUAUUUUGGUCACGAAAGCUAGAAGGAUCCGAGUGGCGUAAUCCUUGGUUGAAAGGCAACAGUCUGGAAGCUUCGACCGCGGCGUGGGGUCUCCGCGCCAUGCUUAACUCCCGGCUGGUUGAGGAAUCUGUUCCUGUUGCUAGAUAUUUAUUGCAGAGCUUAGGGCCUAAAGACCAAGACCCAGAUGUGAUAGACGCAGUGGCACAGUUUGCGGAGGCUAUCAAGACCUCGACCAAGCUGAGAGUGUCCGUGAACGUGAGCGGUUUUGACGAGCCCCGACAGUUCAACAUCGACUCCGACAAUGCUCUCAUCAUACAAACACAGCUGAUUCGCAAUAUACGUUCUGCGCUUGCAGUGACCGAAGGGCGAGGUAUCGCGAUAGUGGGGAUGAGUGCUAAAGGCAGCACCAACGUGACGGCUGCCUGGCCCCGAUACAUCCUCGACCCUCGAGUGGACCAGGUUUCUACUAAAGACCGCCUUCAACUUUCCAUUUGUAUCGGGUUCGUGGCGGUGGGCAAUGAGACAGAAGGUGGGCUGGCUCUCCUGACAGUGCAGCUGCCGUCGGGAUACCUGGCCGACAUCAACACCAUCACAGAACUAACGACGGCGCGACACGUGGUAGGCGCGCGACUGACUGCGGGUGGGUCCCGUGUGUUAGCGUGGCUGCGCACCGGACUGACGGAGCGCUGCGCCACCCUGGCCGCGCCACGUGCCUUGCCGGUCGCUCGACAACGAUCUGCCUGGGUCACGCUGCUUGAUCUCUACGACUCCAGUCAUCGAGCGCGUAUGUUCUACCGAGCUAUUCCGAGCACUGCGUGUGACGUGUGCCGCACGUGGCCAUCUUGUGCUACCGCGUGCGGCUCUGCCGCGUCGCAGCUCGCGGACGAGACCGACCGCGCCGCCGACCGAGAUAAACAGAAGACAGCGCCUGAUUCCGCGCACAGUCACACCACAACCUAUGUGACAGUUCUAAUAGCUGCAUUGAUACUUAUGUUAAGUUAACUUUAAUAAAUUGUGUGUUACCCAAUUAUGAACAAAAGUAAUUCUUCUUUUUGGUUUGCUUAUAUUUCCAACAGUUUAAGAAGAAGUGCACCCCUGCAUGAAGACUUUCUCUCUCCCUCUGCAAUCGAAUGCAAAUAAUGUUUAAAAUAAUUUCAAAAUGUUUUUUUUCAUUUAAUAAGAAAAGUAUUUAAAUUUCGGUCAGAUCCGGUACCAAAAGGCCACACAGUAAUAAUGACAUUUAUGUUAAAAAUAUAUUAUACUAGCUGACCCAGCAAACGUUGUAUUCCCAUAAAAAGUAAUGAGAAAAAAAUCAAUAAUUAAAUUAAAGUUUGUUUUUUUAUCUCCUGAGAAAGAUAGAAAGAUAUAAAGAUUCUAGUUAGUUAUUCAUUUUAACCUAUUCUUUCAAUUUGAUUUCUGCACGACAGGGGACACAUCGGAAAAAGGAAAAACAAAAUUGUUGUUUUUAUUUAAUUUCGAGCAUUUUCAUAUUUAUUCACCUUUUAAACCUUCUCUGGACCUCCACAAAUAAUUCAAGACCAAAAUUAGCCAAAUCGGUCCAGCCGUUCUCGAGUUUUAGCGAGACUAACGAACAGCAAUUCAUUUAUAUAUAUAUAUAUAUAUAUAUAUAUAUAUAGAUGAAAUAUUUUAUCGAUGAGGGGCAUUGUGCUUUUUUGGUGAUGAUUAGUUCAUUCACCAAUAUGUGUAAGUACUUACCUAUGAGUAGGUAUGAUAUUGUGUUGGUUUAUGACAAGACUUUAUAUUUUAUCGACAAAGACAACAUAUUAAUUUGUACUAAUGUUAAUAAGUGUCGACUGUCGCUAGUUAUUUAUUUCUGAGGUUGUGAAUAAUAAAAGCAAGAAUAUAAAUUAAAAAUAUCAAUUAUAGGUAUGUAUACUUUGAGUCUGAAGUUUAUAUAUUUUAUUAUUUAUAUAUACGAAGGAUAAUGUGAUUUGAAAUAUAUAAAAUUAUUAAAUUGAACUUUAUAUAUUGUUUACACAAUGACAUUAGGUAUAAGAUAUAGCUAAAAGCUCAUCAACUAAUAGAUAAUGUAUAUAAAUUUAGUUAUAAGAAAUAUAUUUUAACAUAGAAGUAAAUAGUAAAUAAAAAAAACCAUA